AUGGGAAUAUGUUUAUCAACAAAAUUACCACAAACAAAAACCAACUCAAGACGUGUAACAAAUAAUAAUAAUAAUAAUAAUGUGUCAAGUACAACAUGGUCACGUAUUAGAUCAUUAUCUUAUAAUUCUAGUAAGAAUAAUAAUAAUAAUAAGAAUGGUGAAAAUGAUAUAAUUCAUGAACAUGCUAUGGCUGCUGCUGCUUUAUUGUUACAACAACAACAACAACAAAAUGGUGGCGUGUUUGAUCGUUCAAGUUCAUUACGACAUGUUCCAAAUUCUAAAAAAAAUAUGUUUCCUAGAAGUUCAAGUACUCGAGCUAGAUCGGCUAAUGAUCCUUUGGUUCCUCCUCAACAGCUUCUUGUUCAGGAUGUAAAUCUUGACGAAUUGGAGACGAAACAUAUAGUUCUAGUUCAUGGAGGCGGGUUUGGAGCCUGGUGUUGGUACAAAACAAUUGCGCUUUUAGAAGAAUGUAAAUUCAAAGUUACCGCGAUUGAUUUAACUGGUUCUGGAAUUGAUCUGUUUGACACCUAUAGCAUUGCAAGUCUUUCACAAUAUGUGACACCACUCACAGAUUUCAUGGAAAAGCUUGUAGAUGGGGAAAAGGUGAUUUUGGUAGGUCAUGACUUUGGUGGUGCUUGCAUAUCGUAUGCAAUGGAGCUAUUUCCUUCUAAAAUAGCGAAAGCUAUCUUUAUUGCAGCAUCUAUGUUGAAAAGUGGACAAAGUACCCUCGAGAUGUUCUCCCAAAAGGAAAAUACAAACGAUCUCAUGCGACAAGCUCAAAAGUUCCUCUACACAAAUGGGAACAAUUUGCCUCCCACUGCAAUAGAUCUUGACAAAAUGCUCUUGAAGGACCUUUUGUUCAAUCACAGUCCUGCAAAGGAUGUAGCAUUAGCUUCCGUCUCAAUGAGACCAAUUCCAUUUCCACCUGUUUUAGAAAAGCUCUCUCUUUCCGAGUCAAACUAUGGAUCAGUCAGACGGUUCUACAUUGAAACACCAGAAGACAAUGCCAUUCCCAUCACACUACAAGAGCGCAUGAUAAACGAAAGCCCACCAGAAAAAGUUUUCCGUCUCAAAGGAUCAGAUCACUCCCCAUUUUUCUCAAAACCUCAGGCCCUACAUAAGUUACUAGUCGAAGUUGCAAAAAUCACAUAAACUACAUGUAGUUUUCGGCCUCAAAGUCACCAUUCCUUCCUGUAUAGCUAGUUACCACUUAAUCACAUGAUCCAAGCAAAACCGAUGCAGAAUCGUGUCAAGCAACUUGCACAGACGUUUAUAGGUUCAUAGGUAGUAUUAUGUUGAACAGUUACAUAGACACAUGUAUGUGCUUUUUCAUUCACAUUUAUUUCAUAAAGUUAAAAUAAAUUUCGAUUGUUGAA